AUGAUACGCUGUGUCCGAAUAUUUUUCGUCGGUGCCAUUCCCGGUUGCAUGGGCGGUGCCAUUCCCGGUUACAGUGGGCUGCCAUUCAUAUGCGACUCGCCGUUUGUAGGAGGCGCGGGUAUAGGUCGAGGUAAGUACUAUGUUGUGGGCAAGAGUCUGCCAUUCUGCCACGUGGCAUGGCAGAACUAUUGCAAGAUGACCAUCAGGCUAUUGGUAUUACAUGGCGCGAGGGACAUAGAUGCUGUCAAAGCAGAAAUAACGACGAGGAAGGAGAAGCGCAUUAUCUAUACGAGGCUUGCCAACGAGAGUCUUUCCAAGGUCUCGGACGUUCUAAUGAUCGGCUGGCAUAAUGGUUGCGUCUACUAG